GGAAGGGCUUACACACACAGAGGGAAAUAUAUGAACAAAAGAUAUUUGUAAAAAGAAGUCUCAAGUCUGAGGUUUAAGAGUUUUGUGAUGGGCUUUCACAACGUUCCUGGGGACCAUGUGGGCUACAGAUUGGAUGUUAAUGUCACAGGUUUACCUAGAGAUCCUUUUGGGAGACGACUGCACACUCAGAAAACACUCUGAAAUCCUGUUGCAUCAUCAUAACAAGUAAAAGACACCUUGGGGGAGUAUUUUAAAACUGUAUGUGUCUGCAACGAAAAGAGUGCACAACAACUUGAACUAUUCAGGGCCAACCACAACCUCAAACUGGGGGCUCACAAGAGUGAGCCCAUCGUCGCCGGAAGUGAGCUCGGAAGUAGCGCUUUCCUGCCCGCAGCCUUCUGGGACUUGUAGUUCGAAUCCUCGAUGAUGCUCGGGAGUCCUGCGUUACCAGGUGUGGGUUCUACCUACAAGAGGUAGAAAGUCCCUCAAGGUUGACGUCCGGGUGGUGGAUGGAUCGUUCCUGCUCUGAUGCUGGCAUUUCAUGCCACUGCAGAACUGUGAUGACUAAGGAAGAACUGUGACUAAGCUGCAGAGAAGGGCUGCAGCGGCAGAAGUGAACCUUGUAUUUUCUAGAUCCAGGCCGUUCUUCAUAAGUAAGUAGUGCAUCCAGGAGUGGUGGCAAAUGUCUAUCCUCCCAGCACUCAGAUGUCGGCGUAAUCACAAGUUCAAGGCCAGCCUGAGCUCUAUAAUUAAUAAGACCCUAUCAUGAAAGAGAGGGAAGGAGGUCAUUAUCCCGGAUUUAAGCUGGAUUUCUUCUCUUCUCCCUCUUCUUAAUGAGAUGAUAUCUUGGGACCCUCAAACUCAUGGAUUAAAGUUAACUUCCUGCCUCCACCUCCCAGGUAGCUGGAAAUACAGGUCCACACCACCACACCUCGUUUGGGCUGGAUUUAAAGAAGAAGGGGUGUUUCUUAACAUCUCCAGCAGCAACGCUCUGGUCUUUUUUAUUUGGCAAAUCCAGUCCUCCCACAGAGAAAGAAACUCUUCACCCAAAGGAUGGUGAGCUCCCUCAAGGCACUGAGGGAUUGGAAAAUAAUAAGGACUUCACGAAGACGAACAACGUGUGUAAGGCCCUGGUUCAGCACAUUCCCUUCCCUUCCCAUCUGUCAGUUUCCUGGUGGUUAUUUAUUCAACAUUGACACAGUUUUUGGUUGCAGGCAUAGUAGAUUCUUGGGUCCUGAAAGCAAGCUCAGAGAGUACAAGGCACUUGCCAUGAAGUUUGAUGACCUGAAUUCAGUCUCUGGGACCUACUCCCCCAAGUUCUCCUCUGACCUUCACACAGACUCCGUAGCAAGCAUGUGCUCACCAACACACAAUGUGCGCACACUCAAUACAUUUCUUUUAAUAACUCUGAAGGCAUGACGGUUUGAGCUCUCGUGCCCGCAGUCUGCUUCCACAGCCGGAGAGUCAAACACAAAUUCUGUGGAGAAUCUUCAAGAGAAAGACCUUCAAGAGUCUGGAGAGAUGACUCAGAAACCAAGAGCACCCCUAGCUCCUGUAAGUUCAGUCCCCAGCACCCACAUGGUGGCUCACCAUCCAUCACUCCAGUUCUAGGAGAGCCAAGGACCUCUUUCACCUCCAUCAGGACCAUACUGGCAUGUGCUGCACAGGCAUCCUUGCAGGCAAAACACUUAACACGUGAAAUAAAAAUCUUUAAAGUGAGAGAAAGAGAAAAGACUUCAGGAUUUUUCCUAGUGGCUGAUUUUGAAAGAAAUGGCCAGUCAGUAGCUGGAAGUUGAGUUUAUAUUGUGAAUCUUCAAGAGGUACACACCAAUACUGAAGUAGAUUGCUGUCAAAAGUGGGGAGAAGUGUCUUGCCAUAUUUCCCAAAACCACAGAUUUCGGUGACUCUUUAAAGUUAUUUCACCAACAUUGAAAGUGGAAAAAAAAUUUUUUAUCUUUGAAAUCCUAAGCCAAAUAACCAGACAGGUCUCCUCUGAAAUGUGUGUGUGUGUGUGGGGGGGGGGAGUCUCUCUGCAACUGAAGAAAGAGGGAGAGAAAAGGAAUAAGGGAGAGUUUCAUCCCACACACCACUGUUGAGAGACUGGUCAAGUCAAGCUUCCAGGUGAUGUGACAGAACUGGCACCUCCAACAUUCUCUGCUGAGACAAUGCGCCAAAAAUGUCUCCUUUGACUGUAACAGUAAGGACAUUUUUAUAGGGACGUCACCAUUAGUCACUUGGAGUCUUCAAAGAGAGACGACACAGAGGAAUCCGGUGACUGGUGAUUCCUAGGAGAUGCUUAUCACCAACCCAGAUGGUCACCUCUUCAAGAAAAUCCCCACUUCAGAACAACUGUGCACGCGUGAUCGGUGUAGUGAGGAUUUCAUUCAGAGCUCAGAACUGAUGAGUCAUCAGAGAGACCACCUGAAAGAAAAAGCCUGCGGGCGGGAGCAUUGUGGCAGGGCCUUCACUGGCCAAUCAAGUCCCGUUUCCGCAUCAGGCAGUCCACAUGGCUGAGAAACCUUACAAAUGCGACAAGUGCGGGAAGGGUUUCACCAGGAGCUCGAGUCUGCUUGUCCAUCAUUCCGUCCAUACCGGUGAGAAACCUUUCAAGUGUGACAGGUGUGGGAAGGGCUUCAGCCAGAGCUCAAAGCUCCACAUCCACAAGAGAGUCCACACCGGUGAGAAGCCGUAUGCGUGCGAGGAGUGCGGUAUGAGCUUCAGUCAGCGAUCCAACCUGCACAUCCACCAACGUGUCCACACCGGAGAGAGGCCCUACAAGUGUGGGGAGUGCGGAAAAGGCUUCAGCCAGAGCUCGAACCUCCACAUCCACCGGUGCACCCACACGGGAGAGAAGCCGUACCAGUGUUACGAAUGUGGGAAAGGCUUCAGCCAGAGUUCAGACCUUCGGAUCCACCUCCGAGUACACACCGGGGAAAAGCCCUACCACUGCGGCAAGUGUGGGCAGGGCUUCAGCCAGAGCUCCAAACUCCUCAUCCAUCAGAGAGUCCACACGGGUGAGAAGCCGUAUGAGUGCAGCAAGUGUGGCAAGGGCUUCAGCCAGAGCUCGAACCUCCACAUCCACCAGCGGGUUCACCGCAAGGAGCUUCACUAAGUAACAUGAGCCCACUCAGAAGACUUUUAUUGUAAAGAUAAAUAUUUUUCACGACCGAGUGUGCAUAUCAGAGGUAGCAUGCUUGCCUAGCAUGUAUCAGUCCCUGAGUUUGAGCCCUGAUACGCCCCCACCCACACACACACACACACGGUUUCCAGCUUAUUAAUACUUUGUGCAUGUUAGGAAUGUGUGUUCAUGCAGAGAGGGGUAUGUGUGUUGUGCUGGUGUGUGCAUGUAUGUGUGCACGCACGUGUGUGGACGUCUGAGGAUAUCUCAGAUACUACAUUCUGUAUGUGAGACUAGGCAUCUGUCUGUCACACAUGGUGUGUAAUGUCACCAAGUAAGCCAGGCCAGAGUCCCAUGGAUCUAACUGUCUCCACUUCCCAGCUCACCGUGGCUAGGGUUGCGGAUGUGUGCCACCACAUCCAACCUUUUUAUGUGGAUUCUGUCUCAAGCUUUCUAGACAAGAGCUUUGCUGCCUAAGCUAUGUCCCAGGGCUCCAGUUUAAUACUUUAAACUCUUACGUUUGAAUUCCUCAAAGGAAAGAAAUAGUUAAGGGUUAUUCCGAUAUAGCCCCUCACAGAAGAAAUCAAUCCGAGUACUCAGCACAUUUUAUGUUAUACAGUGAAUGGGUUACUCUGGUUUCUCAUAUGGGUAGAGUGUAUAAUGCAAUUCUGCCAGUGUUGUUAGAAUUAUAUUCUACAUUUUUUAACUGCAAGAACUCUGUAUUUUUCCAAGCACAGCAUGGUUCCCUUCAUUCAUAUUCUCUGAGAAAUUGGAAUUCAUGUUUCCUCUGAAAUUAUGUGCCUUGUUUUUCAUAUUCCAUUUAAGUCCUAAAUAGCUCUCUUUAAACUGUGA